AUGACCCCCUCCGCCGCCCCCUGGCGCGGGCUAUUCCUCGCCAGCUUCGAAAAGAGCCGCGUCUCGACAUUCAAUCUAACAACAAUCGCACAUGCCCCAUCCAACAGACCCGUUCCGCGCUCGCGCACCGUCGAAUUCCGCGGCUUCUGGCCGAAGUCCGCAUCGACGCUGCACAAGGCCGGGAUCGAGGCGCUCAACACGCAGAGGAUUGGGCUGAACCCGGAUGUCUACGAGAGUGAUUUGCUAUCUGUCACGACGGAUGCUAGGAUGGGAAAGGUAGGGCAGUUGGCGGAUUCGGAUGAUGUUGUGGAGGGCGUGUUUUGGUUUGAGGAGGUUUCGGCGCAGUGGAGGGUGAGGGGGAGGGCGGUUACUGUUGGUGCUUCGGAGGAGGAUGAGGAGGAGAGAAAGGUUAGGGAGAUGGUUAAUAAAAGGAUGAGGGAGAAGAAGGGUGAUGGGGGAGGGAGUGUCGGAGACUGGAAUUGGGAGAGACAGGUGGCUACUUAUUUCGCGAACCACAGCCCUGUUAUGAGAGGGAGCUUUAAGAAUCCGCCUCCUGGUCGGCCGCGCAGUGAAGUGCCCUCUGACCCUCAGCUCAAACUAGGCCAGAAGAUUGAAGACCUCAAGGAUCCGAUCGCGAGGGCCAACUUCCGGGUUUUGCUUAUUCUCCCGCAGGAAAUGGAGGUGUUGGACUUUUCAGAUCCUGACGAUGUGCGGCGAACCCGAUGGACGCUUUCUGGGGACGAUGGAGAAUGGAAGGAGACGGAGUUGUGGCCGUAA